AUGCCUCAGCAGUCGCCCUACCAGAUUGAUAUCCCAGCCACCGACAUUCUAUCCUAUGUCUAUCCAGAAGGAAAGGAACCCUAUGACCAGCCAAUAUGGACUGAUGCCGACGACACUACAAGGUCGCUGUCGCCUAAACAAGCCUUAGGUUGGAUCAAAAGACUCGGCAUGGGACUCGACAAUCUCCGAAUCGCCAAGAACGAAGUGGUCAUGAUGUUUUCUACCAACCAUAUAUUCUGUCCAGUCGCUUAUCUUGGAGUUGCCGGGUCUGGUCGUGUGUUCAGUGGUACCAAUCCAGCCUACACUGUCAAAGAGAUUGCCUACCAGAUUACCAAUACAGGCGCCAAGCUCAUCCUGGUCGAUCCGAGUCUAUUAGACAACCUUCUGAAGGCUGCGGAUCAAGUUCAAUUCCCUCGUGACAAGAUAUACCUAUUCUUGGAUGAACCCUGUAAACCGCAAAAGGGGAUCAAAGACUGGAGCUCCUUCCUUCCAUCACAGAAGGCAGCAGAGAGUUGGCAAUGGCACCGAAUGUCGGCCAAAGAAUCAGCCGCCAAUACAGCUGUGUUGAAUUAUUCAUCAGGGACUACUGGUCUCCCCAAAGGUGUCAAGGUUGCUCAUCAGAAUAUCAUUGCCAACGUCUGCCAGUCUCUGUACAUGAGAGAACUGUCGCAAUCCUAUCCCGCAGGUCAGAAACCACCAGAAAGAUUUUUAGGAUUCUUGCCAUUAUACCAUGCCUAUGGACAGCUAUGGUCAAUUACUGCUGCCGCGGUCACAAGGACACCCUGCUACUAUAUGAGAGCCUUCAACUUCGAACCUUUCUUAUCACACAUUCAACGUCAUCGGAUCACACACAUUCAAACAGCACCCCCGGUUCUUGUCAUGCUGGCCAAACGACCAGAGACCAAGAAGUACGAUCUGUCAUCUCUGGUCAAUAUUCUCUGUGGUGCUGCACCGCUUAGUAAGGAACUACAGAACGAAGUCAGCACCAAAUUCAACCUCAAAGUCGUACAGACUUGGGGCAUGACAGAGGUUACAUGUAGCUGUUUGCACGUUCCUGGCGGAAUGGAUGACCGAAGCGGAAGUGUUGGACAAGUUGACCCCAACUCGGAGAUUAAACUCAUCGACGAAAGCGGAAAUGAAGUCACCAAACCAGGCCAGCGUGGAGAGAUCUUUGUGCGUGGUCCCAAUAUCACCCACCUUGGCUACUGGAGAAACGAAAGCGCCACAAAAGCAUCCUUCGACAGCGAAGGCUUCCUGAAGACUGGCGACGUAGCCAUCUACGAUGAAAAAGGCUGGUUCUGGAUUGUCGACCGCGCCAAAGAAAUCUUCAAAGUCAACGGCUUCCAAGUUGCUCCGGCUGAACUCGAAGCAGUAUUGCUCGAAAACGACGAUAUUGCCGAUGCUGCUGUUUGCGCUCUGAACAAAGACCAUGAAGAUCUUCCGAGAGCAUAUGUGGUAUUGAAAGCAACGGCCAAAGGCAAGGUAAAGGAGAAGGAUGUGGUUGAGUGGAUUGCGACGAAGGUUGCAAAGCACAAGAGACUAUCUGGAGGCGUCAAGUUCAUCGAUGAGGUACCCAAGAGCCCGAGUGGUAAGAUCCAAAGAGUUGUGCUGCGUGAGUGGGCAAAGAGAGAUGCAGACCAAGGUGUAGAGAUCAAGGCAAGAUUGUAG